AGGAAGUUAGAAAAAGCCAAGAAAACAACAAAAGCCCAAAUAUUAAUUAAUUAAAAAUUAAUAAGAGUGAAUGACUGUGACUAAUAUUAAAGUUUAUCGCAAUAAGAAUUUUUUACGUAGAACCAUAAAAUAUUGCAUUCGAGUACUAAAAAUUAGUACAAAUAUUAGCACCAACGUGUGGGUAGUGAUUAGGAAAUAAAACUAAAAGUACCAGAAAUUUGGGCAAAGAAAUGCACUUCUCCAUUCCAGACACACAAGAAUUAUAUGCGGAGUUAAGUGGAACCACCUACACGGGUUACAAUAUCUACAUUAAUGGCAGCUAUCAUUGCUGUCUCCGCUAUAAGCAAUUGCACGCUUUACAUGAACAGCUGCGACGUCGCUGUGCUGAUCUCAACAUACAGUUGCCAGCUACAUUCCCCCCUAAACGUUUGCUACCACUAACCAACGGACAAUUGGAAUCAAGACGUGCUUCUUUGGAGCACUAUUUGCAAUUAUGUGGACAAGACGCAGUUAUUUCCAAAAUGGAGCAUUUUCAAAGUUAUCUUUUGAAUGCGCAACAAGAGACCACACUGGCCGAAGGUGUUCUUGGCAACGAAUACAGUGGUGGUGAUCUUAAACGGGCAUCUUGUGUACUAGAAGUGUGGCUUUCAAAUAAAUUUACUCUUCAGGUCAAUUGCCAUAUUGGUGAUAAUGCCAGCUCUUUAUUGCGAACAGUGUGCGAAUGUGUCCAACUGCCUACGCAAUUUAUACAACAUUUUUGUCUAUAUUUAGUGCGACGACAAGACAGCGAUACUACUCAAAACAAAUUGGUGUUAUUAAGGCGUUUAAUGGACUUUGAAUCACCAUACUUGUCUCGAUUGCGAGCACAAGAAACAUCUUUUUCGUGCCAGGUAAUGUUGCGCAAGAGCUAUUGGAAUCCCAUGUAUGAUCUAAGCUUACUUCAAGACCCAGUGUCAUUGAAAUUGCUAUUUGCACAAAUUGCGACUGACAUAGAAAACGAAUGGAUUAUAGCACCGAAAGAAGUUUUAGAACAGCUUGUUAGUAUGCAGGAGCACGGUCUGCAGAAAGAAUACAUACAGAUGGCACGGCAAUUGCCACUUUACGGGUGCUUGCAAUUCAGUGCAUCUCUUAUUGAUUAUCCAGAGCCUCGAACAACGGCGCUCAUUUCCAUAGGCAAUCGAGAAUUAAGUAUGCGUACUGCAAAAGCAGGUAAAAUUUAUGAAACAAAAUUUCGUGUGACCCGAAUGCGUUGUUGGCGCGUUACAGCAAUGCAUAACACCAGCCCUAAUGAUUCAACGAGUACUAAUAGUACUGGUGAAAGUGCUAAUAGUUAUGGAAAAUCUCCAACGAACUUGCAACUCGCUUUUGAAUACUUGAUGUCGAAACAAACUCUACGUUGGAUUACGAUAACUAGCCCACAAGCGAUGCUUAUGUCGGUAUGUCUGCAAUCAAUGGUUGAUGAAUUACUUAAUUGCAAAGACUCUGUCGAUGGACUAAGCACACGCAUUACAGAAGACUCACAAUCUCAAUUGCUGUCCUACGUUUCGCGUAAUGGACGAGUUUCGCAUACUCCUUCAAUGCUCACCUCAUCCGCCUCCACACCGUCUCUGUCCACGGAACUAAUAUCGUCAUCAACUGCUACAACGGCUACCACCACGUCAAGCUCAUCUUCUUCAUCGUCGCCAACGGCACCUGUUAAAUUUCUUUCACAACGCUCGCGUACGAGAUUUAACCCAAAAAUAUCUAAUUCUAGUUCGUAUUCAGCUGUUUUCUUCCGUAAUGGUGCUGAGGAAUCGGUGCACAACGAAGCUUUCGAAGGCAUCGGCGACGAUGAUCUUUAGAUAAGUAAAACCAAAAAGACUAAAAAUAACGGUGCACAAAAUAAUAUCUACGUAUUUCGAAGUAGGAGCAUUUCCCAUUGGGUGUAGGAAUCUUUUUGGCACAAAAUACAUAUACUUCGCUUGAAUACUGAAACUGAUCCUCUACAUUUCUAGCUCCACGAACAAUCUUCUGCAAUGUCGAUUGAAGUUUUAAUUUUUUGAUUGUAAAGCAAGAAGACGGUCCACACAAUUAAUGUGUUUUACAAAGGAAAGUUGUUGAAAAUGUUUUUAUUAAUAUUGUAAAAAAAUAUUGCCAAAUUAUUUAAGAUUAGUCUGUUAUAGUGAAAUUCAAAAUUGAUAUUCGUUGUUUUUUUUAUUCUUAAAUAAAAUUGUCAUUUAAAUGAAGGCCCACUCUGGACUUGGGUCCUAGUGUGCCAAAUAUUGAAAGAAAAUGCAUUUAUACCUAUGUACAUAUAAACAUGUACAUAUGUAUGUGUGUAUGUAUGGUAGGUACAUAAUUGAAUGAAUUUAUUUGCUAAACCGUUUUUUUGUACUAUAUUAAUGUUUUAAAAGCAAUUUUUAUGAAUUUAACAUUUUAUAUAACAAUCAUAAAAAGUAUUUAUAUACAAUAUAAUAAAAAGUUAUGCAUAUGUAAAUCUCUUAACAUGUAUUUAUCGAUUGUACAGCUUUUUGUUAGUGGCCGUCGUUAACCAAGUGAUUUCUCUAAACCAGAGACUCGAUAAGUUACUCUUUUACGAAUUCUCAUUCACUUGUUUAAUUGACGGUUAUUCUCUGCACACAUUUAAUAUUUAAAAUUAUUGUUUAACUCUAUUUUGUAUAAAUCUGAUAUAAUUUGAAUAAACGCCUCUUAAUCGAAAU